CAGUUAGAUUUGGCGGUUCUACUUCAACAUGGCCGAAGGGAGCAGCUUCGGUGUAGGCGGCGGCAGUGAUGAAAAAGGGCACAAGGGGUUGUCUCCAGCCCCUGUGCCACCCGGCACUGCUAUUUCGAGGGUGAAGCUCCUCGACACCAUGGUGGACACUUUUCUCCAGAAGCUGGUCGCCGCCGGGAGUUAUCAGAGAUUCACUGACUGCUACAAGCGCUUCUACCAGUUGCAGCCUGAGGUGACAAAGCGGAUCUAUGACAAGUUUAUAACUCAGCUGCAGACAUCUAUCCAGGAGGAAAUCUCUGAAAUCAAAGAGGAGGGGAACCUAGAAGCUGUUCUGAAUGCCUUGGAUGAAAUUGUGGAAGAAGGCAAAGACCGGCAAGAGCCAGCCUGGCGCCCCAGCGGGAUCCCAGAGAAAGACCUGCACAGCGCCGUGGCACCCUACUUCCUGCAGCAACGGGAGAGCCUGCGGCUCCGUGUGCGGAAACAGGAGGCUGAGAACCAGCAGCUGGCAGAUGCUGUCCUGGCCGGGCGCAGGCAAGUGGAGGAGCUGCAGCGGCAGGUCCAGGCCCGGCGGCAGGCCUGGCAGGCUCUACACAGAGAACAGAGGGAGCUGGUGGCUGUGCUGAGGGAGCCCAAGUGAGGAGACGGUGGGCCCAGAAGCAGAGGGCAGACAAGGUCAAAGGCCUGUGGUCGAGAAUGCUGGGUCUGGCGAGCUGCCUCUGAGAACAGCUGAAAUGGUGCCCAGUCCCUAAGCAGUGGUGCUGUUUGCUGGAGGACCAGGCCAGAGCAAGCCCCACUGCCGCUGUGCCUUUGGGGCUCCCUUGGGAUUAGUCUCACACACUACACCCUUUGGAUUGCUCCCUGUUUCCUUCUGACUAGAGGACCCCUGGCCAACUCCCACCAUGGGAGCCAGACAGUAUGCUUUCCUCCUAUGCCAGAUCAGUUCUGCCCCAGCUUUUCCUGUCGCGUCCUGGCCCCCAUCCCUGGGACCUGGCUUGAGGAUCUGUUUUCAGUCUGUGAUGAUUGCCCCCUUGCUGGCCAGCUCCGGGGCCCUCACCAUGUUCUCCCCACAUCUGUAAAUAAACUUCCUCCACACACUGUAA